UUAACUUGUACCUCCUGCAAAGGACUUUGAAAUUCGUCGAAGAAACUGUCACAUAAGCGUUGUGACCAAGUCACUAACCGUCGGUAACUUACGUUUAUCCUAAGCCUGAUGAAUUGCGUGAUGAGUGAGAAUAAAUUUGGUAAAAUGCUCACAGCCAUGUCUGUACGUUGCGUGCUGAUUCUCGUGAUAGUGAGGUUGAAAGUAGCAGAAUGCCACAGUGACUGUUUUGAAGAUUCUUGCUACGAGUUUAAGAAAGAGGAAAAAACAUGGAAAGAUGCCAGAAACGCUUGUAAAGAAAAGAGAGGCGACCUAGUUUCCAUUGAAACUGUAGAGGAGUGGGAUUUUAUCAAAGGCGUGAUUCAAAAACAGAGUGCAAAAACGUGGUUUAUUGGCUUAGAAAAAAGAGCUGGUAGUUGGACAUGGGUGAGUGGAAGAUCACUAACCAUUUGUAACUGGAAAAAUUAUCAGGGAGCUGUAAAUGGUCGUGUGGCUAGAUUACACAAAAAUAACCGCACCUUUCUUCAUGGUAAAGGAGAAAAGAAGAAAUAUUUUAUUUGUGAAACUGCAAAAGGUAUUGGAGAGAAUACUUCGCAAGGUUACUGCUACAUGCCUGUCGCAAUACCUUGCAAAUUGGAAUAUGAUAAAAAGAACUGGACACAGACUUGUAGAUUUUCUGGACAUUAUUGUAGUAUGAGUUGCACUGUUAGUGCUUGUGAGCCCUCAGAGGAAUUUUGCGGACAAAAAUGUGCUAAGACUUUCAAUCCAUUGGUACAACAAUGCACUGACGACAAACACGUGAAUAGUACCUAUAACCAGACUUGCAAUGCUACAAAGUGUGAUUUAACAGAGGGUGAACAGAACUUUAGUACAAGAAACACCUGCUAUUGUGAAGAUGAUGAAUGUUCUAAGACUUGCAGUGAUAUAAAGUGUACGCAAACUUGCAGAGGAAGAGAAAACGCUACAGUCCCUGCGUUAUCAGUUUCAACAGUGACCCAACCGUUGUCAUCACUGCCACUAAUCUCAGCAACACCUAACGCGCCGUCGCGGUCGCCGUCGCCGUCGUCGUCGUCGUCGCAGUCAAUACCAACAGCAACACCAUCAUCAUCAUUGGCAUCAAGAAAAAUUUCAAAGUUGGAAAAUGAAUAUCGUUCCAAACUUGAAAGAAUAAAUGUCAACGAAAAGGCUUCAUUGCAG